CGCGUAACAAUCAAGAAAGAAAAAAGGCCUCACCGCCCAAGCGUUCGCGCUCAAGCCCACGAGGAAGAAAACCACUCCAUCAUCCACUCACAGUUGUCAGCCAAAAGCACUCUCCACAAAUCUCCGACAUGCUACUGUGCACCUCCCAUCCAGCCCCCCGACAUCUUCCGAAAAGCCCCACGAGGGAAACAGAAAAAUACCACAUCGGCAACGGACAGACCCGACGUCGUGGCCUGGGCCCCUAAAGCGGAUCCCCGUCCUCACUCCACCAUGUGCUGUUACAAGCAUCACCAUACCUGGGCAACCGCCGCAGCAACAGUCACCCAACGAGGCGCCCCUAUCCACUAUCCACCCAUCCUAGAACAUAAUCCAAGAAAAAAUUGGGACGCUCCGGGCGAGCCCCAGCGAGCCGCAAAUCAGCAUCAUCCGUGACCCACAUGACAGCGACAGCCACCCACGCACGAGAACGAGAUCGUGAGAUUGAGAGAUUUGGGCCCAACCAUGGACCCUUUUUUUUCUCCUUCUUUGCCCCCUUUUGGGACGUGUGGACCGCCGCCGCCGCCCCCGUUUCUUGUUCCCGUCCGCGGGUUGGAAUAAGGUGUUUACACCGCCACACGUUACGACGACUGGAUGCUACUCGGUACUACCUCAUUUUCCCGUUUCACGAGAUUGGAGAGUUGUAGUACGUUAUCACCGUGCAUGUUGUGGAGAUGCAUCUAGUAGAACUACAAGCGAGCAUACAUGCAUGCAAUCCUGGUCAUCGUACAAUACAUGGAACGCUUUUUUUUUCUCUUCUUCUCCUCUUUGUAAUGUCUAUUCCAAAUGUCUCGAUCCUCUAAUUCCGGUGUACAGCCCUGCGAAAGUAGUAAAAACCCCGAUAUCAAUCUCCAAAAUGAGAAGAACAAGACACCGCCCGCCACUACCAAUCACGGUAGCCACUAUUGAUGAUGAUGAUGUUGUUGAGAACCAACACUAGAGUUGAGGCUCUGCGGCAAGCAUUGCUAGCGUGAUGUCGACUAGCUAUGGUGCGGCUGUACCCACUUAAAUCUUUUUUUUUUCUCUUCUUUUCUUCAUCUGCUACCUGGCUUAGUUGAUCUUGUUUUACGCCGUGUUUUGUAAGAUUGCUGUGCCCAUGGGGGUCUGUUUUGAAAAGAAAAAAUAAAAAAAAUGGUGUGGGAUUGUAUUCCAAACUCAUGGACUAGGAUGUGGAGUGUGUAUA